AUGGUCCGGCUGCUUUCAUACACGCUCUGGUGCCUCUUGGCCCCAGUGCCGAUCAGAUCCUUGGCGCUACCGCUGGAGAAGUCGGGAGCCUCCCUGCGGCCAGACGAUGCGCGGGAGGCCCUCUUGCAGAAGCCGAAGGGUGACCCGCGGGAGUACCAGCAUGCAGUGCUGGAGAACGGCCUGCGGGUGGUGAAUAUUUGGGACCCCAACACCACCCAGGCGGCGGUGUCUGUGGCCGUGACGGUGGGCUCGUUCUCAGAUCCAGAGGGCUUCGAUGGCCUGGCACACCUCACGGAGCACGCCAUGUUCCUGGGCUCCGAGAACUACCCCCAGCAGUCAGGCUUCGACAUCUGGCUGGCGCAGCACGGAGGCAGCAGCAACGCCUACACCGCCGAGGAGCAAACCGUCUACUACGUCUCUACCAGUGAGAAGGCCUUCGAGCAGUGCCUGCGGCGCUUCGCGGACGUGUUCCGGGCGCCGCUCUUCAACGCCUCCUGGAUCUGGGACGAGGUGAGGGCAGUGGACAGCGAGCACAACAAAAACCGCAAGAGCCAAGAGUGGCAGGUGCACCAGUUGAUCAACUUCAUGGCAGCUGAUGGAAGCCAGAUGGGUCGAUUCCACACUGGAAAUGAGCACACGCUGCGUCGCACCAACAAGGAGAAGCUGGCCUCCAAGAUCCAGGGCUUCUUCUCAGAGAACUACUGCCCUCCCAGGCGCGAUGGCCUUUUUGGCAAUCGCGAGCUUCCAGACAGCUACGGGGAGGUCACGCAUUUGCCGUUGCUUAGUCAAAAAGAGAGCCCCGCGCCGCUGCCCCAUGCCGCCAUGAAGGAGACGGGCGAGAACUUGAGCAGCGAGGCCAGCCGGGACUCAGAUAGCAGCGAUUCAUCGCUGGAUGAGGAGUGCAAGUCCGAAGGCAGCUCAGGCUUUCUGGUAGAGCGAACGCGUCUUUGGCGGCGAGAGGUGGUGGACCGUAACAUCACAUUCGGUGCCGCAAUCAUUCUCAUCGAAAAUGUGGUGCUCUCCUUCCAAACUGUAAUCAUGAUCGUUCAGAGGCAGCACUGGGCCAUGUGGGCACCGUACCUUCUGACCUAUGCUGUCGAGUGGCCUGCCCUGACGUUCAUCAUCAAGUAUCCAAAGCCAUUGUUGUACCUGGCUAUCCUUGGAUUUGAUGCGAUUAUAUCAUUGAUUGCUGCUGACCCCAUGACCAUCUCCAAUGAGCCAUUGGACAUGUCAGGUUAUCAAGUCCUCUACUUUGACAUGAUUUAUGUGCUAAUGUCAGUCAUGUACCACCCGAGUUCGCUGACGCUUACAAUCUUUACCUUGGGCAGGACUCUGAUUUUCUGUGUCUACUACAGCAUUGUGCUCCUUGGUUGUGGCCAACACCUUGGUGAGGGGUUGAUGCGGAAGCUGGCGCUGGACCUGGCAGUAGGAUCCCUGGCCUUGCUGGUGGUCAACAUGAUUGCCAUCGCGCAAAAACGGCAUUUGGGGAAACUCCAGAGGACCCAAACGCAGGUGGAACUCAAGCGCCGCUACGUCUGCUCCAAGAUGUUCAAUGUCUUUAACUUCAUGGUGCCCCCCUUCCUGGUGAAGCGGAUCCUCCGCUACCCCGGCAUGGUCGUGGCGCAGCGUGUGGAGCGUGCCUCCAUCCUCUUCAUCAUGUUGCUGGACUUCGAGAAGCACUCGAAGACGAUGAGCCCAUCCAAGCUCUUUCACUUUCUGAAUGAAGCCUUCACUCACAUCGAUGUGAUAUGUGCCGCACACGGCGUCACAAAGAUUGAAACAGUGGGUGAAGAGUAUGUGUGCGGCGUUGGAGUGUCACCAUGCGACGUGGAUGAGGACAACUUGGAGGGCCACCAGCACUGCCUGGGGCGUCUGUUGGCGGUGGCGCUCGAGCUGCAGCGCAUCCCCAGGUCUGCCGAGGACAAUCUCGUGAAGAUGGGCAUCCACACUGGCCCAGUGGUGGCCGGGGUGGUUGGCAAAAGGCUGCCGCGCUUCCGCCUCUUCGGGGACACCAUGAACAUGGCAGCCCGAAUGAUGCAGAAGAGCCUGCCGGGCGAGGUUCAGUUUGGUGAGGAGACGAUGAAAUAUUUGCCCAGCUGGGCGGAGGUGAAGAGACGAGGCUACGUUGAGAUGAAGGGCAAAGGCAACGUCAUGACAUAUCUUUUGCGCGGGGAGCUCCCAGAGGAGCUUGCAGGGCUGGAGGGCGCCCGCUCUGGCGGCGAAUACCUGAGCAUUCCCACAGGCAUCCUAGACGGCCGGUCCAGCCCUCCCGAGAACAGGACACCAGAACGCGCCUACAGUUUGGGAUGCAGUACGGCUUCCCCGGAGAGGUCGCGCCAGCGCGCCGCCACAGAAUAUGCGCCCCCCUCGCCGGAGAGGCGAUUGGACCUUCGGCCCAAGACGGAGCCCCAGGGUAGCACAAUCAGCCCGCAGGCGAGGUCCAAUGACCGGAAGCGCAGCGCCACCCCGCAUCGAUUGGCAGGCCUCAUGAAGGAGCUGCUGGGCAUGAAUGACCAGAUGGAGUCCGAUUACGAUGGAGAGGACAUCUUGGACGUGGCCCGCGAGGUGACCAAGCAGCAGAGCAGCCAGAUCAUGACGUUGUGGGGGACGAGCAGCAGCAUCCGAGCUUUCCUGCGUAGACUUGUCGACAUGAAGAGGUGGGCGCGGCCCAGAAGUUUUCCAGACAGCGAGGACGAGGACUUCCAGCACUGGUUUCAUCUCAACUACACCUGCCACAGAAUCGUCAAGGAGUUUCGGAAGCAGGCGCUCUCUUCCUUGUUGGUGACCCUCGGAGCUUCUGUCUACGUCAUCUUCAAAAAGGAUGGUUAUGAGAGCAAGGAGCACUUCUGGAUUGCGUUGGACGACAUCAAGUGGUUCCUCCUGUGCCGCCUGUUCAUCUGGAUUUUGAUCCUGAGCUUUUGGUAUGCUGCGGAGACUGCCUAUCUCAUGAGAAUGGAAGCCUGCCGUGCGCAGGCGCUGCUCUCCACGGUGAAGCACGCGCUGGGCAUCCUCAUUUGCAUCUCUUAUGGUGCUUUGCUAAAGCACAUCGACCACAGAGUCAUCUCCAACUGGAGCUGUCUACGCUUUUCCAUCAUUGGGAUCUCGAACAACAUCCUGCCGCUGGCUUUGUUCACCGAGUUCUGCUAUUGGAUGACAAAGGCGCAGACCCUGUUCUUGCCUGGGGUGCUGGGCGUGAUCAUCACGGUCGUGGUGCUGAUUGCUUUGGCCUACAAAGAAGUCUUUUACACUGGCGGUCUGUUGACUUACCUCAACGUCAUCAGCCUGUUCAAUGCCUUUCGCAUCUACUCGAUGGAGUAUGUCCUGCGACAAAGGUUCAUUGCCAUGCGGCGCGUGGAGGUUAUGCAAGAACGGAUUGAGGGGAUUUUGAGCACCUUGAUGCCGCCGCUGGUCAUCGAGGAGAUUAAGCAAUUUGCGCACUUCGUCUCGCACCACUACUCUUCUGCCACCAUCGCGCAGUCGGACUUGGUGGGCUUCACGGCCCUGGCGAGCUCCAGGGAGCCGGAGGAGGUGGUGAAAUUUAUCAGCGAGCUCUUCGACAAGUUCGACGACCUCGCCGAUCAGUACCAUAUCUACAAAGUUGAGACGGUGGGUGAUGCAUAUAUUGCGGGCCAGGCGGAUUUUCCUCUGACGAAGUACAACCAGCCCCUGCUGGUUGUGCUCUUCGGCUUGCAGAUGACCAUGGCUGCCAGGAGCUGGUCAGCUCACAGAGGGGAAAGCAUCAGCUGCCGUGUGGGCGUCCACACUGGCGAAUGUGUCGGUGGAAUGGUCGGCACCUCCAUGCAGCGCUACCACCUUUUUGGUGACCUCAUGCGGGGGCUGGAGAUUCUGGAGUCCACCGCCCCGAGCGGCCAGGUCCAAGUCAGCAGGGCCUGCAAGCUGGCCGUGGAGACCCAAAUUCAGCAGCACCCACAAGAGGUGGCCGACGUCAUGCAGCACGUGGUCUUCCAAUGCCGUGGCGAACCUGUGCUGACCACGUCCAAGGGUGAGCACCACGACUACAGCGAGGACGUGUCGAACAGAGGCCCGGAAGCGUUUCCGCAGCGGUCCUUGCAGAAGAUGUUGCGAAUGCAGGGCAUGUCCACCAUGCCGGAGCUGCAUUUGGUCUUCCCCAUGGCCAACCUGCAGCCCUGGGCCAGGAACAAUCCCACGGUCUACCUUCAGCACGUCUUGGCAUAUGGCGGGGACAAUUCCUUGUUGCUGGCGCUGCGGGACAGGCUGGGUGUGGCAUCCUCAGUCUCUGUGUCUGCAGAGGACGCGAGCGCCGGCUCGAAGGUCACCGUGUCGAUGUCGCUGCUGCCCGAGGGGGUGGAGAAGCUGCCGGUGGUGCUGGACGCUUUCUUUGCCUUCCUGAACCGUGCGAGGAACAGUACCCUGGCGCAGAAGUCGGAAGUGCUCCGCUCGCUGGCCGAGACGGCGCAGCUGGGUUAUGACUGGGCUGCCUUGGAGGAUGCGACUCAUGCGGUCUACUAUAUGGCAGACGACAUGACAAAGUUUGGCCCGUCCGAGUUGAUGGUUGCUGGCAGCCUCAUUCUUGAGCAAGAUGUCCAGAAGGUGGAAGCCUUGCUGGAAAGGCUGCGCCCUGAGCGGAUGAAUGUGGUGCUUGUGGAUGGGUCCAACUCCGAGUACUGGCGCGAGCCGCCCGAUGAUGCCAGGCCACUGCCACACUAUGACGUCAACUACACGGCCAGGCCACUAGAGCUGAGCUUCCCAGAAUGGAAGCGCUGGUUGGCGCCUGAGGACCUUGAGAGGCUGCCUGUAUCGCUGGACCAGCGCCUCGCAGAGGUCAAGCCAACAGCUGCCCUGAACCUGCUGGUGCCAGGGGCUAUUGAAGGCCUCCCUCGGGUCUCGUUGACGCCCCGAGCAACGGCCGGUGCUGGCGUCCUGGGGGAGCUAUGGGGCCAAAGCCCGCGGAAGCUCGCGUCAAACUUGUCUCUCGCUGAGCUAUGGCAUCGCGAGGGCUGGAUUUUGCGGCACCCACGUCUGACUGCGCAGCUUUCCCUGAGAGGUGCCCAGCAUGAGGCCGACGCGACAGAUGUGGUGGCAUCCGAGAUUGGCCUUCGAAUGCUCAGCGAGCUGCUGUCCGCGCGCCUGGCGCACCUCGCGGAAACCGGCACCAGCUUCAAGGUGGCGGCAGGCCACGCGGGCUUCUCCUUGCGGCUCAGCAGCUUUGCCGAGAAGGCCACGGAGCACUUUGCACAGGUGCUGCAACAGCUUCUCCACCCUCAGGAGGAGGCGGCGGACGCGGCGCGGCGCCUGGAGCGCUUGGCGCGGGAGCUGCAGCUGGAGCUGGAGGACCACAGCGAGGCGGCCAUCAACGUCGCGGUGCGCGAGCGCGAGGUGCUGCUGUCGCCGGGCUCGCCUGGAGUGGAUGAGUUAAUCCAAGCUCCAACUGAGCCCAAAUUCUGUGGCAAAGGAGGCCUUGGCUAUCGGAGACUCUUCUGA